AUGCGUCUUUGGGUCAUUGUCACUCUGGCUCUGCUGCAUCAGCCAGCUCUUGCUCAGGAUGACAUAUGCUGGGGAGUAGAUGGAACACCAUGGACCAGCAACAAACGGUGCCCUGGCUCCUCUACCUGUUGUGGUGCAGACGCAACAUGCAUGCCUAAUCGGCUCUGCAAGAACAAAGGCCAAGCCGUGGAUGAGUUUGUGAGAGGGCCUUGUGCUGUGAAGCCUUACAGCAAGGAGAAGUGCGCAGCUAUUUGCGUCUAUGAGGAGGUCAACAAUCGCUUUCCACGAGUGAAGAGAUGUGAAGAUGGAAGUUAUUGCUGCGACAACGAUAGUGGCUGCUGUGAUGCCGGCCGUGGAGUCUUCAUCGACGACGAAGGCAAUCCUGAGGGAUCGACCAAAGAAAAAGAGACCACUUCGAGCGAAGCCCCCGAGACAACAACAUCCUCAAUAGCCUCCACAACAUCAGCCCCUUCCUCCACAUCCACCUCAUCCGCCUCAUCGACCACAACCACCGACCCAAGCCCUUCUUCAGACGCCGAGGAACAAAACAACGACAAGGAGUCUGAUGCUUCUGACGAUGACAUGGGCCUCAAGAUUGGCCUGGGAGUCGGAAUCCCCGCUGCUGCCAUCGGCGCCGCUCUAGCGGUCUGGCUCUUCCUUAGAAAGAGGCGAGCCCCGGCCGAUCAGCCCAAGCCCUACCUCCCUGAGUACGCCCCCGCCUACCCAGACAUGUACCAACAACGGCCCCCGCAAAUGUACCAGUACCAGCAGCAACAACAGCCCGUGUACCAGUCCUACGCCGAGAUGGACGGCCGCCGGGACUCCAAGGCUCCGGGGGUGGUGCAGGAGCUGCAGGGCUGA